GAUAAAAGAGAGAGAGAAGCUUUGUUGAAGUGUCGUUUUCUUAUAUAUACUCUCGAGGUAUAGUAGGAAACACAGACCAUCCCUAAAAUUUUUCACUUUCUUUCUCUCCCCAUUCCCUUCCCAAUUCAUUCUUCUUGCACUACCACACAUCUUCUCUCUCUCUCUCUCUCUCUCCCCCUUCUCUUUCACACAGUUUCUUUUCUUUUCUUUUCUUUCUUUUUUUGUGGUUUUCUUUUCCAAAUCAUAUCUGUACUUGAAGAGAAAUAAAUUUAGUUGUGGAUUCUCUAUAUUGAGAAAAAAACGAUCGCAGCUGCUUCAACCCCAUUUCUUUGGGAAUAAAAAUGUCCCAUAAAGGAGGAAUUUUUCAUAACCAAUCUUUGAAUCAGAUUCCAGACCUCUCACUGCACAUAAGCCUUCCAAAUAGAACUCCUUCUUCAAUAUGCACUGGUACAAAUGAUGCUGAUGAUUCAACUUUUGAUGUUUGGCGCAAAGAUGAUGCCCUGAAAUCACACAAAGACAGUUCAAUGAAAGUUGGGUCUGAACCAGAUGAAACCAUCUGCCUUUCUUUAGCGGCAAAUCCUGCGCCUACUAUAGCUUUAGAAGUAGAAAGCCCUUGGAGAAGAAUAAGCUACGCUGGAGGUGGCGGCGGCAGCCAAGCCGAUCAAGCAAGGCAAAGAAAUUUUCUUCUUCAAAGUGCUAACGGUGGCUCUAUGAGUCAAAUAAAUCAUGGGAUCUCAGGCUUCAAACCCUUAAAAGGGAUUCCAGUUUACAAUAGCUGGAACAUCAAUUCUGGAGAGAUGGAUCCCAGAUUUUGCUUUAACCAAAUACCUUAUUCAUCAUCUUGCACUCCUUACCCAUGUUCUUCUCCAGGUGAUACCUGCAGUUCUUUUCCGGAUUAUAGAAUGGGGACAUCAUCAGUUCGACCACAGUAUCAAUAUGGGGGUGGAGUUGGAGGUGCGGAGGUUUAUGGAAGUGGGAUGAUUAGAUCAAGAUUUAUACCAAAGCAACAAAACAAGAGGAACAUGAGAGCACCAAGAAUGCGAUGGACGAGCUCUCUCCAUGCUCGUUUUGUUCAUGCUGUGGAGCUCCUUGGGGGCCAUGAAAGAGCUACACCCAAGUCAGUUUUAGAGCUGAUGGAUGUCAAGGAUCUAACACUAGCGCAUGUCAAAAGCCAUUUACAGAUGUAUAGAACUGUUAAAAGCACUGACAAACCUGCAGCUUCCUCAGAUGGAUCCGGUGAUGAAGAUUUCUUGUCUGUAACAACUCCCGUUAAUCUAAAUGCUAACCACAAAGCAUCUUCAUGUGUGUCUCUACAACAUGAUAAUGGGUACACUACUUCCUCAACUCCAUGGAGCAACUCUUCCAGAGAAAGAUGGCUGCAUAGCGGUUCAAGGAAUCUGGAAGGGCUUAGACGACCAGAAAACCUAUCAUCUCAACAAGCAUCCGAAAACCAAUUCGAGGAAAGUGAUUUAGCUCAAUCAAGAACCUUUAGAUUACUCUGUAAUCAAUUACUUGAGACUCCAAGUUUGGAGUUUUCCUUAGGAAGACCAGAUUGGCAAAGCAAAAGCUAGCUUUUCCACCUAUGAUGCAUCCUAUUUUACUUUUACUUUUUACUUUUUUUUUAUUUUCUUUGUUUAGCAAGAAAAUAUAUAUAGAUGAAACAUACAAGUAUUUUAAGGGCGUAGAAAGCUGUAAUGUUGUAAUGAUAAGAAGAAGGGAAAAAAAAGAGAGCUUAUGUUGUAUCAGUUCCAUCUGCACCAAUGAAAGAAAAAAGGGUUAUGUUC